GUGUCUUGACCCACGUGGAUGGACUCUUCUUCCUUGCUGGGGCCCCAAGACACACCCCAGCCCCUCCUUAGUCUCAGAAGCAGGGUUAGGGAGCCUCCCCCUACCCAAGGACCUCCCUGUCCCUCCCCGCCCUGCCCUGCCGCCGUUACCACUCCCCAGAGGGCACAGGGCUGUGCCUCCCAGCAAAAGUCCCAGUGCGAGCGGAGCAGAACAGGCCGCCCGCCUGGAAGCCAAACUGGCUGCCAUUUGCGUAUUGAGCUGUGCGAGACCCUGGGCAGGAAGCUGGCUGAGCCCCAAGACCUUAGGGGCCAUGGGCGGGAAGCAGGUGACUUGCCUGGGGGCCCUGCGGCGCAGAAAGCGCCUGCUGGAGCAGGAGAAGAGGCUGGCCGGCUGGGCGCUGGUGCUGGCGGGAACUGGCAUCGGACUCAUGGUGCUGCACGCGGAGAUGUUGUGGUUCCAGGGCUGCACAUGGGCAAUCUACCUGCUCCUGGUUAAAUGCUUGAUCACCCUGUCCACUGCCUUCCUCCUUUGCCUCAUUGUGGCCUUCCACGCCAAAGAGGUCCAGCUGUUCAUGACUGACAAUGGACUCCGUGACUGGCGCGUGGCUCUGACCCGGAGGCAGGCGGCGCAGAUCAUUCUGGAGCUGAUGGUGUGCGGGCUGCACCCGGUCCCCAUGCGGAGCCCACAGUGCGCACUGGCCAGGGAGGCGCAGGAUGCAGACACGCAGCCCUGGCCCUGCUUCCUGGGCGAAGGAGAGGCUCUGCUGUCCCUGGCAAUGCUGCUGCGCCUCUACCUGGUGCCCCGAGCGGUGCUCCUGCGCAGUGGUGUCCUGCUCAAUGCAUCCUAUCGCAGCAUCGGGGCUCUCAAUCAAGUCCGCUUCCGCCACUGGUUCGUGGCCAAGCUGUACAUGAACACGCACCCUGGCCGUCUGCUGCUGGGCCUCACGCUUGGCCUCUGGGUUACCACAGCUUGGGUGCUGUCUGUGGCUGAAAGGCAGACUGUCAAUGCCACGGGGCACCUCACAGACACGCUUUGGCUGAUUCCCAUCACAUUCCUGACCAUUGGCUAUGGAGACGUGGUACCGGGCACCAUAUGGGGCAAGAUGGUCUGCCUGUGCACUGGAGUGAUGGGGGUCUGCUGCACCGCUCUGCUAGUGGCCGUGGUGGCCCGGAAGCUGGAAUUUAACAAGGCAGAGAAACACGUGCACAACUUCAUGAUGGACAUUCACUAUACCAAAGAGAUGAAGGAGUCUGCAGCCAGGUUGCUGCAGGAGGCCUGGAUGUACCACAAGCACACGCGCAGGAAGGACUCCCGAGCUGCCCGCAGGCAUCAGCGCAAGCUGCUAGCCGCCAUCCACACGUUCCGCCAGGCGCGGCUGAAGUAUCGGAAGCUUCGGGAACAAGUGAACUCUAUGGUGGAUAUCUCCAAGGUGCACAUGAUCCUGUGUGAAUUGCAGCUGGGUCUCAGCACCUCCCAUCAGACCCUGGAGAAGCGAAUCGAUGGGCUGGCGGGGAAGCUGGACACCCUGACAGAGCUGCUCAGUACUGCUUUGCGGCCACAGCAGCUACCAGAACCCAGCCAGGAGGCCACGUAGUCCGGAUCCAGGAUGGAGAAAUCAGGCUCUCCCUGCCACUCCAGCACCUCAAGGUGCCAGAACUCAAGGGGGCCCAUUUGGGAUGAGUUGGCUUUCUGCUGGCAGCAGCCAUAAGGGGACGCUGACUUGGACCUCCAGCCCCAGUGGGAACAUGGCUGCCAUUUCCCGCACACCCUCCUCUGAAAUCUCUCUAUGCUGCUAUAGAUGACCUCUUACUC